GUGACAAAGUACAGCCUAUAUCAGCAGUGUUUAUUACCCCACCACCCUCAACCCCUGACCCCAUCCCGAGCUCUCGAUGUUACCACGAGCACCAGCACUCAAAUGAUCUUAUUCUGUGAGCUGAACGAAAAACAUUUAAGUGGGAAAUAUACUGGAAAACUUCUCUAGCAAGGAUCUCAAUAACACCUGAAAAACACAGCAACAAUGCCAUCCACUGAGAAACUAGCGCAUUUCUUAUCAAGUGCCCUUUUAAGCGCAGCUGGCGUGGCUGUAUUGGGCUAUGGGAUGUCUACAGACUGGGCGACAUCCACCCAGGACUGCUCUCCAACUUCUUCAGAUUUUUAUAAUGGGACUUCAAAACUUAGAAUCGGUCUUUUCAAUGGCUCAGAGGUCAAAAUUUCCUGUCCAUUUUUUGAUACACUUGGACUACCAGUAGAAGUGUUUAACCGCCUGACAAAAAUGGGUGGAGCUCCAGUUGUACUACACGUUCUUGUUGUAGCACUUUUGGCUUUUGCUAUUUUGGGGUCAGCAGGAAGUAUUCUGAUCACACUGUACAACAGCUUCAGUAAUCCAUAUGAGACCUAUAUGGGACCAAUAGGACUUUACGCCUGCAGUGGAUUCAGUGCGUGUGUGGCAUUCCUGGCACUGAUUCUGUAUGUGGUGAACAUCUACCCGGUUCAGAUGUUUCAGACGCUGGUGUUAGCUGAAAACAACCAAGUGAAGUUGAGGCAAAAUGAGGCAGAUCUUCAGAUCGGGUUCUUUCUCCUGAUACCUUACAUUGUCACCAACCUGAUGUCUAUAGUAUUGGUGUAUCUGUAUGUCCACACUGCAUACAAACGGCGCAAACAGCAGGAAAAACCAACCGAGGAUGCACCCAAAGACAUCAUGCUGUUCUAACUGUUCUAUGCAAAAUUUCACAAUUUCUGAUGUUUUUUACUCGCAGCAAUGUCAUUUUAAACUGCUUUUUGCUGUGACUAAUAUACAAUAUUAAUAUAAUAUAAAUUAAUUGGUAUAUACAGUGGCCCUAACAAGUGGACACUUAAAAAUAUGUCAUUGAAUUUGAUCAAAAGUAUCACCUGCUUAAACUUUUAUUUGGGGAAGGUGUGUAUGUUAAAUGUCUAUAUGUGAUAAAUAAAAGCAACUUGGGUGGUUUAAGUGUCAAAAUACUUUUGAGGCCACUGUAUAUAUCUUUAUAACUUCAUCUUUUAUUUUACAGUACAUGUACUUAUACUUAUAUGGUAAAUAAGUUGUACUUACAGACAAAUGUGUGGUACUUACUUUUGAGUAUCUACAUGGUUAAAUGGUAUUGUUACUGUAUUUACCAGUGGUACAUAGUUAUUAUGUAACUCUAGAUAAGUACUGGGUAAUACUAGAUACAUACUUAUAGUGUAGGUAUACUGUAACUAACAAGAAACACUACUGUACUUACACAGCUUUUUUAGAGUGUACAAAUGAAUGUACAAUAUAAGUAUUUAGUACUUACAGGUAAGUGUGGGUUAAUGACAGGUACUUAUAGUAUAUAU